CCCAAAACAGCUUCAACACCCUCCAUUGUUGCACGAUGAGUUCAUCACAAGAGCUGGUUUUGUUGGACUUACGGGCUAGCCCUUUUGCCACGAGGGUGAGGGUGGCUUUGGCAGAGAAGGGGCUAAACUGCGAGAUAAAACAGGAAGAUUUGAGUAACAAAUCUCCUCUGCUUCUGGAGAUGAACCCUGUACAAAAGCAAAUCCCUGUUUUGAUUCACAAAGGCAAGCCCAUUCUCGAGUCUAUCAUAAUCGUUGAAUACAUCGACGAGACAUGGAGCAGUGAGGCAGGCUAUGCUAAUUUGCUUCCUUCCCAUCCUUACGAGAGAUCCCACGCUAGAUUUUGGGCUGACUAUGUGGACAAGAAGAUCUACCCAAAUGGAGGGAAGCUGUGGAACAAAAAGGAUCUGACAGAGGAGGAGAAGGAAGCAGCAAUGAAGGAGCUGAUGGGGAGCUUCAAGCAGCUGGAGGAAGAGCUUGGAGACAAGCCCUAUUUUGGAGGCCAAUCAUUUGGGUUUAUAGAUCUGUCGCUCAUUCCAUUUUACAGCAUGUUUCUUGCCUUCAAAUUGCUUGGAAAUUUGGACUUGGAAGCUGAGUGUCCUAAGAUCUUGGAAUGGGCUAAGAGGUGCUGCCUCAGAGACACUGUCGCCAAAAGUAUGCCCACUCAACAAGAGGUUUACGACGUCGUUUUGGAUAUUAUAAAACGCCAUUAGUUGCAUUGUUGUAAUUUUAAUUAUUCGCUCUAAAUAAAAUAUGUACCCAUAUGGUCAUUUUAUCUUUAAGUUA